GAAUGAAAAGUGACCUGUUCUGCCAGAUGAUGGGACUGGGAAACUCAUCAGAGGUGGUGGUGUGAGGUGGAUUCACAUCCUUGUGUGUGCAGACUCCAAAGCGCUGGUUUGGUAGGAGAAGGGAAGGAUGUUGGUAGCAUUUUAAAACAGGGGUGCCAGUUCCAGCUUGGAGCCCAGGAUAGGCUUCCCGGACACCAUGGACCCUUUUGAGCCUCCCACCAUGCCUGCAGAAAAGGAGGUAACAAUUGACACCAACAACAAUGAAGAGGAGGAGGGAGAGCUGUUUGAUUUCGACAGUGGAGAUGAAAUCCCAGAGGCUGAUAGACAGACUCCCGCUGCCCCUGGGGGCAGUGACCCAGGAGGGGCUACUGCAGCUGGCUCGGAUACCACAGCUGCCUCAGGUUGUGAGCCUGGGGCAGACACAGACACCAUGAUACCCAUGGAACCCGCCAAGAGUACUGUCCCCACGAAAGUGAACCCAUACUCUGUCAUCGACAUCACACCCUUCCAAGAAGAGUCACUGACGGAUCCCACAGUCGAGGAGGAGGAGGAGGAGGAGGCUGGCACCCCUCAUGUGCCCAGUGGGUACUCAGUGCCUGUGCCCUAUGGCUAUGCAGCACCCUGUAGCCUGCCUGCACUGCUGCCUGCCUAUUGCAGCCCUGUGCUUAUCCGCACCAGGUCUGGGGAUGAGGAAGAAGCACAGGAAAUAACAGAAGACAACCAGUUGAAUUCAAGUUCUGAGGAUCCGACAAAUAGUGAAGAUCGGAUUCCCAAGGAGGACAGUGCCCUUGCUCGGUGGGUGGCUGAUCCGGCCAAUACUGCUUGGAUGGAAAAUCCAGAAGAAGCCAUUUAUGAUGAUGUUCCAAGAGAGAACUCAGACUCUGAACCAGAUGAAAUGAUUUAUGAUGACGUUGAGAAUGGAGACGAAGGUGGAAAUAGCUCUUUGGAAUAUGGCUGGAGUUCAAGCGAGUUUGAAAGCUACGAAGAACAGAGUGACUCCGAGUGCAAGAAUGGACUCCCCAGGUCCUUCUUGCGCAGCAACCACAAAAAGCAACUGUCCCGAGACCUCAGCCGCUUAAAGCAGCACUAUGAGAGGAGGAUGAGAGAGCUGAUGGCCAGCGCAGUGGGCGCGGUUGAGAUUCAGCAGCUAAAGCAAAAACAUGAACGGAAGGUGCAGAAAUUGGUGCAGGCUGCCAAGGAGGGUACCCGGGAUGGGCUGCAGAGGACCAAAGCUGCUGUCCAGCGGGGCCGAUCUUUCAUCCGUACCAAAUCCUUCCUCUCCCAAGAUCCCAAGUCAUGUCUGGAGGAAGAGCAGAGUUUGUUUAUUGAUGUGGACUGCCAGCAUCCUGAAGCUGUCCUCACCCCCAUGCCAGAGGGCUUGUCUCAGCAGCAGGUGGUAAGAAGAUACAUUCUGGGUUCAGUUGUUGACAGCGAAAAGAACUAUGUUGAUGCUCUUCAGAGGAUCUUGGAGCAAUACGAGAAGCCGCUGUCAGAGAUGGAGCCCAGGAUCCUGAGUGACCGGAAGCUGAAGGUGGUGUUCUACCGGGUCAAGGAGGUCCUGCAGUGCCACUGCCUGUUCCAGAUUGCACUAGCCAGCCGUGUGGCUGAGUGGGACUCUGUGGAGAUGAUUGGAGAUGUCUUUGUAGCUUCGUUUUCUAAAUCUAUGGUGCUGGACGCCUACAGUGAGUAUGUGAACAAUUUCAGCACAGCCAUGGCCAUCCUCAAGAAAACCUGUGCCACAAAGCCUGCUUUCCUGGAAUUUUUAAAGCAGAGCCAGGAGGCCAGUGCAGACCGGACCACGCUCUUCAGCCUGAUGACCAAGCCUAUCCAGCGCUUCCCACAGUUUAUCCUGCUCCUGCAGGAUAUGCUCAAGAACACAUGCAGAGGACACCCUGACCGGCUGCCCCUGCAGAUGGCACUGACUGAGCUGGAAACAUUAGCAGAGAAGUUAAAUGAGAGGAAGAGAGACGCGGACCAGCGAUGCGAGAUCAAGCACAUAGCAAAGGCCAUCAAUGAGAGAUACCUGAACAAGCUUCUCAGCAGUGGAAACCGAUACCUUGUUCGGUCUGAUGAUAUGAUAGAAAUUGUUUACAAUGACAGAGGAGAAAUUGUUAAAACCAAAGAGCGCCGCCUCUUCAUGCUGAAUGACGUGCUGAUGUGUGCCACGAUGAGCACUCGAACCCCACAAGACAACAGUUCUGUAGUGUCACCCAGCCAGCGCUAUCUGCUGAAGUGGAGUGUUCCGCUGGGACAGGUGGAGGUGAUGGAAUAUGGCAACAAGGAAGGCACAGGAGAGAGUGGCCGGGGGCUUCCGGGGCACCCCCCUGAGAGCCUGGCAGUGGUCGCUAAUGCCAAACCAAAUCGAGUUCACGUGGGGCCAGGCCAACUGUAUCAGGACUUACAGAACUUGUUGCAUGACCUGAAUGUGAUUGGUCAGAUUUCCCAGCUGAUCGGAAACCUGAAAGGAAACUAUCAAAAUUUAAAUCAGUCAGUGGCCCAUGACUGGACCUCAGGUCUACAGAGACUCAUUUUGAAGAAAGAGGAGGACAUCAGAGCUGCCCACUGCUGUCGAAUCCAGUUACAGCUGCCAGGGAAGCAGGACAAGUCUGGGCGACCGACUUUCUUUACUGCCGUAUUCAACACCUUCACCCCUGCCAUUAAAGAGGCCUGGAUCCACAGUCUGCAGAUGGCCAAGCUGGGCCUAGAGGAGGACAACCACCUGGGCUGGUUCUGUGUGGAGGAUGAUGGAAACCAGAUUAAGAAGGAGAGACACCCCCUCCUGGUAGGACAUAUGCCUGUGACAGUGGCCAAGCAGCAGGAGUUCAAGAUUGAAUGUGCCGUGUACAACCCAGAGCCACACCCACACAGCGAUGGCCAGUUGGACCCACUGUCCUCUGCCCACGGCUUCCUGUGGAUCGGCAGCUGUUCCAGUCAGAUGGGCCAGGUGGCCAUUGUCUCGCUCCACAGCUCCUCUCCCAAGGUCAUUGAGUGCUUCAACGUGGAAUCCCGUCUGCUCUGCAUGGCCUUCGUCCCUCCUCUCCCCAGCCCAAGGGUGUCCAACACAGUCCCCAUACCUGAUGCCACCCGCACCUACGAGGUUCCCACCAUCUGCCUGGGGACAGAAGAGGGAAGCAUCUCUGUGUACAAAAGCAGCCAGGGCUCCAAGAAGGUGCGCUUACAACACUUCUCCACCCCUGAGAGGUCUGCUGUGCUGUGCCUGACCUGCUCCCCCAAGCACCUCUACGCUGGACUGGUCCACGGCACUGUGGCUGUUUACACCCGGGCAGAAGAUGGGUCCUGGGACCCUGAGCCUGAGAAAGUGAUCAAACUGGGUGUGCUGCCUGUGCGGAGUCUGCUGCUGGUGGAGGACAUGCUCUGGGCCGCGUCGGGCGGCCACGUGUUUGUGAUCAGUGUGGACACCCACACCGUGGAGAACCAGCUGGAGGCCCACCAGGAAGAGGGCAUGGUGGUCUCGCACAUGGCUGUCUCUGGAGUUGGCAUCUGGAUUGCCUUCACCUCUGGGUCCACACUGCGCCUCUUCCACACAGAGACCCUCAAACACCUGCAGGACGUCAGUGUCGCCACCCCUGUGAGCCACAUGCUGGCAGGGCCCCAGCACCUGUCAGUGACUUCCCUGCUUGUCUGCCAUGGCCUUUUGAUGAUUGGCACCAGCGUGGGUAUUGUGGUAGCUCUGCCUGUCCCCCGACUGCAGGGGAUCCCCAAAGUGACAGGCAGAGGCAUGGUCUCCUACCACGCACACAAUGGUCCUGUCAAGUUCCUGGUGGCGGCUGCAGCCCUGGAGAAGGAGCCCCAUAAACCUCAGGAUAGCCCACCUCCUGCAGGCCCCCAGGAUGAGGAGCAGGGGGAGGGCCCCCAAGAAGGGCCAGGACUGGGUCCCUGCACAGGUCCCAGUGACUUGGACACAGCCAUCUGGCUGGGAGACUCACUAGGCUCAGUGACACAUAAGAGUGAUGUCUCCUCAUCCUCAGGGUCCUUGACCCCCUCACAGGGCUCUGGCUCCCUGGAGCACCAGACUGAGGACAGUGUCCUAGGGGAACUUCUGCGGCACCCUGGCCUCAUGCCUAGUGGGGGCCGGAGGGCUAGGCGGGCUCGGGCUGGCUCAGUGCUGGUGGCCUGCGGGGGCCAGGGCCACCGAAAGGUGAGCAGGAAGACACGACCACAGCGCCCAGAGGAGCUGGCCUCCAGCCUCAUGGUCUGGCAGAUCCCCCUGCUGCCUGUGUGAGGACACAUCCGGGUCCCAAACCUGCUCCCCAACCUGCUCCCCAGUCUGGUCCAUGCCAGGUCCCUCCUGUCCGUGUGUCAAUUUGGGCACCCUGACAGACCCAUGCUGCCCAAUAUGAGGACCCAGCCAGGCACCUAGCCAGAUGUAUGCCUGGUCCAGGCCACAGUUACACUCAGGCUGAGUUACAAAUAGCCUGGGAAGAAAUGUGCAAUACCCUAAGGGCAGCUCCCCUGUCAGCUGGCCUGGCUCUGACUCUAGCAACUGACUGAACAAGGCACUUGCUGAGAGGCCCACUGAAGCCUCUGUCUGAGCAACUUGAAAUUCUGGACAGCCUGCUCCUCUGUCUAUCAUAUCUCCCUUCCCCCCCCAACUCCAGCUCCAGACCUCACCUCCCCAGUGGCGCGGACGUGGCAAACAACAGCAUAUUUCAUGGGAGGGACUGAUAAACAGUUCUUAAGAUCACUUACUUGAUAAGAGUCACUACCUUUAUUUAUAUUCCAUACCUUUUAAUCCCAGAAUAGAAUGUGUAGCCAUGAAGAAAGCUAGAUAAGAGUCACCUGUGCAGGUAGGGUUGCCGGCUCUCAGAAGUGAGCAGGGUUCUCCAAAGUGGUAUAAUGCCUAGAUUAUAUAUUUUAACAAAGUAGUAUUUUUAUAUUACAGUUUUCUAUUAAAAAUUAACAGUUAAUGUUUCAAUACUUUGCCUGUAACAUUGCAUGAAUAAUGUUUGCUUUGAACCAAAGUGCUCUGGUACCUUAUACAUUUAGACUUGGAUGCCAUGCCAGAAAUGCCCUCUCCCAUCCCAUAAAUGGCACUAAUGUCCACGUUGGAAUCUGUAGUUUGGGCUUUGUGGAGAAACUAGAGAUUUUCUCAUGCUGAUUCUUGCAUCUGUUCAUGUGAAGCUAUAUCUCCUUCUGAGUAUAAUUCCAAACAACUCAUGGUGCUUUCAGUGUGGCUAUGUCCUUGCCAGCAGUGGGACAUGACAUCCCUCUUCUCAACAUGCAGGUUUGCACUCUGCUGUCUAGAGCUGACCUGUGCAUGCUGGGGUGUGUGAGUGACCACUGUGCUCAGUGUGUGUUGAUAUAUCAGUGUUUUACCUGUGGGUCGUGGGGGAAACUAAUGCAGGCAUUCUCGGGAACUGUGCUUCUCAGCACUUUACAGAUGACUAAAAACACUAAUGUGACUUAGCCAAAUAUUCUCCAGGGUGCAUAUCUGCCUGUGUGAAAGUGACAUUUGCCAAGCUACUUACACUGUUAGCUGCUGUCUUGUCUCCUAAAUAAAAUCUUUUUUUUUAUUUAAAAAUACA